GCGUCACAGGAAGUUCGUCACAGCAAGUCGCCGGCAACGUUGUCUGCGAUGUCUGCGGCCGUUGUCCAGCAUCGUUGCAAACUCUUUUAACUCUCAUGCUGGUUCACGUAGUGGUGCUAUGUCUUCAGGAAUGGCCGGGCAAACGCCGUGUCUAACCAGCCGAUGGGAUCAACCAGCCCAAUCAAAGCAGGGGGACAGUGGGAAUAUAUCCCAUCGGGUUUCAACGGUUGACAGGACAUCCAGUUUAAGCAGUUCACUUCCUCUCACAGAACAAAAAGAAAGCAUCCCGCCUGGGGCGGAAAAGCCAGAGCCUCAGGGAGGGGUUGAAAUGGCUGCCGCCAUGGCAGCUAAAAUAAAUGCCAUGUUGAUGGCAAAAGGAAAACUUUUGACUCCCCCGCCGUUGUUGACAAAGACCCCCCAAAGUGCACCCGUGCUGCCCCCCACAGAAGAGCUGGUUGUCACUGAGGUUGACAUAAAUGAUGUGCCUCUAAAUUGCAGAGACCUUCUCACGAAAGGCAAAACCCAAGAGGAGAUUCGACUGUGUAGUGGGGCAGUUGUAUCAACCAGAGGACAUUUCAUGUCUGAUGUUGAAAGGGAAAAGUCUGGCGGACAAAGACCUUUGUAUUUGCAUGUCCAGGCAAAGACACAGGAGCAGGUCAAUAAAGCUGUCGCUAGAAUCAAAGAGAUCAUCGCUGAGGAUAUGUUGAGAGCAUCUGCAGCUUCGGGAGGUCAACCAAUGCCCAUUAUUCCCCCACUCACACUGUACCCUCAGCCUCCUCGCCCUAUCAUCCAAACAGCCAACAGCAACUCAACACCGAGUCAAGGGCAUCGGCCAGCAGCUCCUCAUCCAGGGAACUUUGUUCACACAAAGAUCUUUGUGGGCCUGGAACAGUCUGUGCCGUCAUUCAACGUCAAUGAAAAGGUCGAAGGUCCCGGAGGAACAUACUUGGGCCACAUCCAGACAGAAACAGGAGCUCGAGUCUUCCUCAGAGGCAAAGGUUCCGGCUACAUUGAACAAGCAUCCAAACGGGAGUCUUUUGAACCGCUUUACGUAUACAUCAGCCACCCAAACGCAGCUGGACUGGAGGCAGCCAAGCGACUCGCAGAGAGUCUGUUGGAAACUGUGAGAGCCGAGCACGCCCGGUUAAAGUCGUCCUACACAGCCACCGCCUCAACUCAACCAUAUGCAGCUCAUGGAUUUCCACCUAAUAGCAAUUACUCUAGCCAGUCUUCCUGGUAUAACUACCCAGCCAAUGGGUAUGCUGGAGCCUAUUCAGCUUACCCAGGAGCCGGUGGUUAUUGGAGUAAUGCAAAUGGUCCCCAGAGUCAUUCUAACUUGUCGACAACCCCUCCAUCUUCUCAGGCAAUGGUUCAGUAUCCGGUGUGUCCACGGAAGCCAAAUCCAUAUCUUGUGGAGACUGAUGCCAGUAUGAAUACCCAACUCUUGAAUACUCUCCGAUACCAAGGUGUUGGUGGCGGCGAUACAGUGGACGUUGUAGGAUCUUUACACGCUCAGCCGGAGGCAGGAAGUUCAAAUCAGCAGCUCCAUGACGGCACAGAGGCAAAACAGCCUGCCAGCCACUCUCAGGAGGCUCCUGCUCUUCGACAGCCCACAUUUCCUUCCCCCGUCAUCCAAGACAAAGCAGUAGAGAGGAUCCUUAUGCCUCCACCGCCGCCUCCCUUUGCUGCUCUCACCUCUGGCCCGCUGAAGCGAACGAGUGACACGCCGACCCAAGAUCCAGGCAGUCCGCCCAACAGUGACGCAUCUUCGGGUCUUGUUGGAGAUGUGUGCGGGAAGAAGCCCAAAUUGGUGAUAGAUGCAUCAGGGCUGGUGCCCUACGGCGGAGACUCUUCUGACGAGGAAGAGGAGAGGACGCGUAGCAGUAAGAGCAGUAACUCGUGACCCCUUUGGAGAUGCACUUGAAUCUCCCCCAAAAGAAAAAUUCACUUUCACACUCUUGACACACUGCUUUGAGACAAUGUGUUUCUUCAGAUUCCAUUUGAAUGGAAGACGCAUAUUUUCAGUCCUGAUAUAGGCAGGUCAUGUAAAGAAAUCGACAGUUUUAUCCCACAUAGCAAGUUUCGCUACUUGCGAAUUCACCUCUUGGCAGAGUUUUGUGAGAAUCUAUUCUCUGCAAUAUGCUGAGCGCGCACAUAUUCACUGUUUUUGUGCUCGGGCCAAAGCCGCCAUCAUGUGGCAUACAUUGGCAAUUCAAACAUCUGUUUUUGGAGGAGACUGUCAAUUACUCAUGAAUUUUCAAAUAGCAGAGAAAUGUGGAAGAUCUCCGCCGACUACUUCAUAAACACAAUGCAGUGCAUUUUAUUCAAUAUGAAAUUAGUCAUUUGAUGAAGCAAAGGUCAGAGAAAUUCAAUACAAAAAAAAAAACAUAAGUACCAGGAAAGGAAAUUGCAUCCCCCGGCUACCAACUUUAACAGUGUGCUUUUGGUGGAUUUUCCUUUUUUUUUAAUAUGUGUGCAUACAAGUGUUAAAAUGAACAGAAAUUUGAUUCGGCAUGGCAUUUUUAUUUUUGUUGACCACAAAUCAGCCCGCUUUAUUUGUUCUGAAUUGAAUACGGAUCACUUAGAGCUUUUUCUUCUCUCGGAAAAUGAUGGAUGUCUGUUCCCAUGGAAUACUAUAAUAAAAACGCCUACAAAGGA